UUCAUUGCGGCCAUGACGCGCAGGAAGAGAAUGGCCUGGUAGUAAAACAGCAGUAUGUCGCCUGUGUCCAAGCUCACGUCCGAGCAGACCACGCGCCGCGUCACGUAAGCGCUUAGCUCGACACAUCCGUCCGGGACAGAAGGGCCGUGUGACGUCAUCCCCGCGCCGCACGAGGACAGUCCAAGCGAUGCCGCGCGCGACCCGUCCCCGCUGGCUCGCCAUCUUCCUGCUGAGCGUGAGCGUGCAGAUGGCGAGAGCGGCUUCUGAGUAUGACCCCUACAUGGUCCUGGGCGUCGGCCGGAGCGCCAGUCAAGCAGAAGUGAAACGGGCGUACAAGAACCUGGCCAAGGAGUGGCACCCGGACAAGAACAAGGACCCGAAGGCUGAGGACAUGUUCAUCAAGGUGUCCAAGUCCUACGAGAUUCUGUCCAAUGAGGAGCGGCGGUCUAACUUUGACCGCUAUGGUCAGAUGGAGGAGAACCAGCCUCUGGGCCAGUCCCAGCAUCAGGGUUUCCGUGGUUUCCACAACAGCUUUUACUUUGACGAGUCUUUCUUCCACUUCCCCAGGUCCAGGGACUUUGCCGACAGCAAGUACCUGCUCCACCACGCAGGCUUCAACAGCGACGUGCUUCCAGACAGCCACAAGAGGCCGUACCUCAUCAAGGUGACCUCUGAGUGGUGCUUUGCCUGCAUCCACAUUGAGCCUGUGUGGAAGGAGACGGUGCUGGAGCUGGAGCCACUGGGUGUUGGCAUCGGCAUCGUGGACCUGGGUUAUGAGCGGCGCCUGGCCCACCAGCUGGGGGCUCACCGCGCGCCCUCCAUCAUCGGGCUGGUGAACGGCCGGGUGACCUUCUUCCAUCAGGCUGUGGUCCGAGAGCACCUGAGGCAGUUCAUUGAGGACCUGCUGCCCCACAAGCUGGUGGAAAGGAUCACAGAUAACAACUACUUGGCUUUUCUGGAGAGCUGGCGAGUGGAAAAUAAGCCCAGCGUUCUCUUGUUUGACCAAGUCCCUGUUGUUCCUCUACUCUAUAAAUUGACGGCGUUCGCCUUCAGAGACUAUGUGCGUCUGGGCUUCGUGGACCAGGGAGACGCACACAACACCAGGCUGCUGCGGCAGUUCAACAUCAACACGUACGCCCCCACCAUGCUGCUGUUCAAGGAGGACACGGAACACCCCGUAGACAUCAUACAGGCCAGAGGGAUGAAGCGACAGAUAAUGGACGAGUUCGUCUCCAACAACAAGUUCCUGCAGGUUCCUCGGCUGGUGAACCAGCAGCUUUUUGACGAGCUGUGUCCAGUGAAGCAGUUCCACCGGCGCAGGAAGUACUGUGUGCUGCUGAUCACCGGGGAGGACCCGGCCUUUCUUCCGGGCAGCAAGGCCUUCCUGGACUUUGCAUCGGUGAACAGAAAAGACGUGCUGCGGUUCGCUUACGUCUACCAGCGGCAGCAGCAGCCGCUCUGCCAGGCGCUGCUGCACAGCGAGGAGGCCCUCCCCCCUCAGGUGGUGAUUCUGGAGAGGCGGAGCCAUGCCGGCAAGGUCAUGUACCGCUCGGUGAGCGGUGGCUGGAACGGCAGCGAGGAGGAUAAGUACCGCCUCCAUGAGCAGCUGGAGCUCCUGCAGAAAGACCCCACCUACCUGAGCUCGGACGCCACCCUGCCAGAGCUCAACAACGAGAUGGCUCCCAUCUUUAUUAUCCAGUGGAUGAAUGCUGCCUAUGAUUACAUCGUUCAGAUGUAUGAUGACCUUCUCUACUCAAACUGGAGAGAGAUGAUGCCCAUCCUGUCGCUGAUCUUCUCCGCUCUUUUCAUUCUCUUCGGCACCGUCAUCAUUCAGGCCUUCAGUGAGCCGGGUGAGAGCAAACCCCGGAAAGCAAAGCCGAAGGAGCAACCCCAAACUGAGGAAGAUGCCUCGAGUAGAGCCAGUACUUCAAGCCGUCCUCCUAAGAAGGACUUUGUGGAGGUGACGGAGCUGACGGACAUCACCUACAUCAGCAACCUGGUGAAGCUGCGGCCCGGCCACAUCAACGUGGUGCUGGUGCUCACCGGCGCCUCCAAGAACGCUCUGCUCAGGAAGUUUGCCAAGGAGGUCUUUUCUUUUUCUGGGACUCAGACCCUCCACUUCUCCUUCCUCAACGGCGAUAAGCACCGCCACUGGAUGCCGUCGCUCCUUCGCUCGACCUCUGAAUCGCUGCCGAGCGAGGGCCAAUCGGACGACGAGGAGGGGGAGGAGUCUCCCGACUAUGCGGGCCACGUCCUGGCCCUCAACGGCCACAAGAAAUACUUUUGCCUCUUCAGACCCGUCUUCACAGGGGAAGAUCCCAACGACUCCUCGUCCGAGACCUCGUUCUCCAGCGACAGCAGGAGAAAGUCCCGGUCCAGGUCCAGGUCCAGCUCCCACUCUCGGUCCAGGUCCCAUUCCAGGGAGGAUGGGACAGGACCCAAGAGGGGCUCCAGUCGGGCCACCAGCAUAGAGGUCCACCACAAGCUUGACAGGCUGGGACUGUGGAUGGAGAGGCUAAUGGAGGGCACCCUGCCCAGACUACAGGUCCCUGCAUGGCCCCCCCUCGGUGAAACCACGGCCUCCUUCACAGAGAGCUGAGGCCACCGUUAAGACGGACAUACAUUAACACCAUUUACAUUGAAGUAUGUGUUUAGAAUUUGGUUGAUGAUUGAAUAGGAUUUGUUUAUUUAACAUUAAAUCUGCUUAUUGAUGAAGCUAUGUAUAUACGUGUGUGUG